UCUUUGUGUGCAUCCUACCUUCUCAACUACCUGCCUACCCACCGAAUAUCCCAUCCAUCACAAUCACAUGCCCGCCUGAACAACCGCCUUCACCCUCUGCAUUGUGUUCUCUUCGUCUCUGUUGCAAACUGCUGGCCUCGUACAUUGUUGAGGCAUCUACAACAAAUUGCAUCCCGGUCGUCAAGCCUUAAGCAGUCUCGCAUCGAGAGCUACCAACCUGCAGAUGCAACCCUCCACCAGGGGCGCGCCAUAUCUUCUUACCUUUACCCACAUAUUCCAUUUCGCUUUUCUCGCUCGGCCGUCAACUUAGUCCAUCCCACGGCUCUGAUUCUCUCGAGUCUUGGUCAUUUCAUGCAUUUCUUAUGACCGCACCAGACACUCAUGUCUUCCAGGAUUACUCGUUCAUCUACCCGCCAAGCCGCUGCGGCCUCUCAGGCUUCUUCCUCAGCAAGUCGUACUUCGGGUCAAUCUGCUGUGGACCAGUUUGUGGCGCCUUCGACUGGCAGCCUCGCCCAAUCAGCCUCUUCCUCCGAAUCCCAACCACAUUCAUCUCGAAAGAGGAAGAUAACCACCGAAGAUAAGCCUGCUCCGCAAGAGCCCCCAACCGAACGGCCAUCUUCUCCUCGUAGAUCAAAGCGUCAGAAGGUGCAGAACAAUAGCCCUUCUGAGAAAUCACAACCGCCGCACCAGACCCCUGCGGCUGCACCCCGGAAGCGCAAGGGCAAGGUCACAGCAACCAUGUCUAGUCCAUCUGGGAGCUCUGAGCCUCAAGUGCCAUCCACUAUGCAAGGCACUCCUGCCUCCGCAGCAGCAUCGGCGUCGUCAAGCCGAAAGUCAAGUCGCCACAAGAAGACCAGUCAGGCAACAAAUGCCAGUACGUCCGCCCCAACACGGAGGUCAAAACGGGCACCCGCGAACAAUCCAACCUCUCCGGAUGAAGACGUAACGAUGACUGGGACUGGAGAUCAAGGGAAGGAAAAGGAAACUCUUCAACCUCCUCCACCACCGCCGCCACCUGCACACGAUUCGGAUGAUGAUAGCGAGGACCAUGACGACGACGAAGAUGACGAAGAUCGUCACCGCCAUUACGACGAUGACGACCCCUUUGGCGGCUUUGGGGGGCCUCCAGGGGCCGGCUUAUCCAGUACUCUUAGAGCUUUGACUGGGAUGAUGUCAGGCAUUUCAUCGAGAUUACGCGAUAUUCUUAACAAUCUCCGGCAGAAGGGUGACCCUUCAGUGCAGCUCAUUGCUCUACAAGAACUAUCUGAAAUUCUCCUGGUAUCGAACGAAGAUAAUCUCUCGGGACACUUUUCUCCCGAUGCCUUUGUCAAAGAAUUGGUGAUUCUGAUGCAGCCGAACGAAUUCACAGGAGAAGAGAGUCCUGAGAUCAUGCUUCUAGCAUGUCGUUGUCUAGCAAAUCUCAUGGAAGCCCUCCCUGCUAGCGCUGCCAAUGUUGUUUAUGGAGGGGCUGUUCCCGUCUUGUGUAGGAAGUUAUUGGAAAUCCAAUUCAUUGACUUGGCAGAACAAGCUCUAAGUACACUAGAAAAAAUAUCCGUCGAGUAUCCUACCAGCAUAGUCAGGGAAGGAGGCCUGUCCGCCUGCCUAUCGUACUUGGACUUCUUCGCUACAAGCACCCAGCGUACUGCAGUAACGACAGCAGCCAACUGCUGUCGUAAUAUCCCUGAAGAUUCUUUUCCGGUAAUCAAAGAGGUUAUGCCAAUCCUCCUUAAUGUUCUUGGAAGUAGCGACCAACGUGUCGUUGAGCAAGCUUCCUUGUGUGUCACUCGUAUCAUCGAGAGCUUUCGAUACCAAUCGUCUAAGCUGGAACAACUCGUCAGUGUUGACCUUCUUAAGGCUAUUUUACGAUUACUUGUUCCAGGCACGACAAAUUUGAUCAGUUCCAGCAUCCAUACCCUUUUCCUCCAAUCUUUGGCUUUUACUGCCAAGGCCAGUCCUCGUCUUUCUGCUGAGCUGGUCAAAUUGAACGUUGUUGAGACGCUGUACCAAAUUUUAACUGGCGUCUCGCCUCCCAGUGAGACUGAAGAUGUUGCCUCAAAGCUUGACAGUGUGGUCAUCAUGCAAGCCCUGAUUCACCGACCCCGUGAACAAAUCAUCGAGACUCUUAACGUCGUCUGCGAGUUGCUUCCCGGGGCAAGGUGGCCUGAAGUUUCUACGCCUCAAGUCACCAGUGAUCUCGAUGCUAUGGGGCCAAUCACUCCUUCCUCAUCUUCCAUCGGAACACGUAAAAAGUCGUCUUCUGAGAAAAGAUUAGAGCUUCUAGAUGAAUGCAAGGAUCAAGUGCGAAGAUUUGCCCUUAUCCUAUUUCCCACCCUUACGGACGCUUUUUCUAGUACAGUGAACUUAACGGUGCGCCAAAAGGUGCUCGACGCUCAGUUGAAGAUGCUUUCGAAUUUGGACAAAGAUAUUCUUGUUGACUCACUGAAAGCAGUCCCUUAUGCCUCGUUCCUUGCUGCGAUUUUGUCCCAGCAGGACCACCCAUCAUUGGUGAUGUAUGCUGUGCAGAUUACCGAAUUGCUGCUCAGCCGCCUAGAGCUAAUAUAUCGGUAUCAAAUUUACCGAGAGGGCGUUAUAUCAGAGAUUGCUAAGCUAGCAGCCGAAUACAAUGAACCAGAGGCUAAACUUGUUGAGAAUCCACCAGAAGACAAACCCGCAACUUCAUCAAAUACUGAAGCGGACAGGGUCUCAGUUCAGAACGAUUCUGACGAUGGUGAUCAUCAUGAUGAGGACGAAGAUGAUGAGGACCAUGACGAUCAUGAAGAUGAAGAGGACGACGAAGACCAUGUUCACGACGAUGAAGAUGAUGAAGACGAUGAAGACCAAGAAAAUGACCACCACGAGGACAUGACUGCCUCUCCUAGUUCCGAUGGUUCUACAAUGUCUUUAGAUGCACCUCCACGUCUCUUCGUUACUGAUAUGCCAUCAAUGAAGACUCGAAUUGCUGAAGCUGCAAAGAAAUUCAUGGAUACUUAUGAAACGGAGAAGCAUGGGAAAGCCAUGAAGAAGAAGGCUGUAAAGAUUCUCAGCGAUCUCCAACAUCUAGCAUUUGAUAUUGAGGCCUUCUACCUCCAUCGCACAGCAAAUGAUUUGAGCCCACAGAAUGGUACAGCGCUAUGGAAGCAACUUGCAUCGUACUUCGACGCCGACCUGCUUGAAAGUGUAACGAGUGCAGAGCUUUUAGCUUCUGGGUUGGUCCGUGUUGUCGAAGAGGUCUUUUGUAACCCUGAUGAAGCUUUGGCUAACGCCGCAAGAGCUGCCUUUCUCGAGGUGUUUAUGGCUAAACCAAUUAGUUCCAAGCGAAAGACAGCUACCGCUGACUCGCCGACAACACCUUUCAGUGUCAUGAUCCACAAACUUCAGGAUCUACUGAGUCGUUCAGAGCAUUUUGAAGUACUCACUGUUCAUCAUAAUGCCCUUGACAACCGGAGUAGUAGUGCUGCCUCUAUGUUGGCGAAGCAGAUCAAGAUUAAACUCACUGCCGAUGAGGACUCAGACAUACCACGAUCGUAUCGGAGUAUAAUGGUCUCCAUUCAUGCUAUUGCUACCUUCAAAGCUUUAGACGAUUACUUGCGACCUCGUAUCAAUCUCCACGAGCGUCCUCGUGGGUCUCGGCCUCGUGACGGUUUAUCUCGAGCAUUAGCCGCCAUGGCCAGUUCUGCUGGUCUUGUACCAGGAGACCGUCUUGCAGAGAGAUUCAGUACCGGUUUUCUUAAUUCUGCAUCACCACCGCCGCCGCCGCCGCCACAACCCUCUACUUCUCGUACAACCAGGAAAUCCAAACCGAAUCAACCGGAGGUUGAGACGCCUUCAACGCCGGGCCAGACAUUACCGUCAAGGAGAGAGAAAGCCAUUCUUCGCAGGUCUACUCGUCGUCAUCCAGCGCCAGCCGACGAGACUCCUGCACCACCUCCGCCUCCGCCACCACCGGCAGAAGACGACGAUCUACAGAAUGCGCUCGAGUGUGCAGAUGAAAAACAAAUCACUGACGAGGAAGAAGAGGAUGAGACUACUGACAUGGGUGCUAGCAGCGCCCUCGACGCGAUAGUAGGCGAGUUAGAUGAGGAAAUGGAAGAUGCCCCUGGUCCCGACCCAACCGCGGUCAAUAUGGAAGUAGCUGCUGGGGGGAAGAUUACCGCUACAAAGGAAGACGGAACACGAGUGCCUACACCAAGUCAGACAAGCGGGCUCGCCAACCUUCCUAGUCGUAGCGCUCCUUCGCAAUCCACCCCAGCACAACAGAACGCUUCUACGCCUACACCAGGACCUUCUUCGAGACCGCUAUCAUACGCGGCGGCUAUACAGUCGGUGCCGCAAGACUGGCACAUUGAGUUCAGCCUUGGUGAUAGAGUAAUUCCCAAUGAAACGACAAUUUAUCGCGCUGUGCACAACGCGCCCUCUCCUUCUCCUGAUCAUUUGAGUCGUAGCGUUUUCUCUACAAUACAUACUAUUAAAUUUCGCCGCGUAUCUGGACCACCACCAGCAGAACCUAUCGGCUUCUCCUCGCCCUCUUUCGAUGGAUUACCAGAUGUAAACGGUGUUCCUGCGUCGCUUGCGAAUCAUCCCACUACUGCAUCGAUUCUCCGCCUUCUUCACAUACUCCAUGAUCUCAAUGCUAAUAUUGACGAUAUCGUGGUGGAGAACAAGAACAACCUAAGGUUGAACGUGGAGCCGCUCUCUCAGUUCGUCAACACAAAACUCACAGCGAAGCUGAAUCGUCAACUAGAGGAGCCCCUGAUCGUUGCAAGCAAUUGUCUGCCAAGCUGGAGUGAAGAUUUGGCUAGAUUGUACCCUUUCCUUUUUCCAUUUGAGACGCGGCAUCUGUUCCUUCAAUCUACUUCAUUCGGUUACGCGCGGUCAAUGAGUAGAUGGCAAAACGCACAGCAGGAGGAUACCUCUCGGCGAGACCGAAGGGAUGAGCGCCCUUUCCUUGGCCGUCUCCAGCGACAAAAGGUUCGCAUUUCACGUUCUAAAAUUCUUGAGUCUGCUCUUAAGGUCAUGGAAUUAUAUGGUAGCUCCCAAAGCAUAUUAGAGGUUGAGUAUUUCGAAGAGGUUGGAACUGGUUUGGGACCAACUUUGGAAUUUUACUCCACAGUUUCCAAAGAGUUUUCCAAGAAAAAGCUGAAGCUUUGGCGUGAAGAAGAUUCCCAUGACUCUGAUGAGUUUGUAUCUGCUCCUAAGGGACUCUUUCCGAGGCCUCUCAAUCAGGAUGAACCAUCCAGCGAAAUCAUUUUGCAACUCUUCAGAAUGCUUGGCAAGUUUGUCGCCCGGUCCAUGAUUGACUCUCGCAUUAUUGAUAUCCAUCUCAAUCCGACAUUCUUCCGUAUAGGUGUAGGUUCAGGAGUUAAACCGUCGCUCGGGGCAGUUAAAAUCGUGGAUCCUGGCCUAGCCCACUCAUUGAAGCACAUCAAGAAGUUUGUGUUAGCGAAGAAAGCAAUUGUCGAGGACCCAAACCGAACACCAGCGCAGAAAGUUGCGGAUACAGAGAGCAUUGUCGUUGAUGGCACGAAGCUCGAUGAUCUUGCUCUGGAUUUCACUUUGCCCGGGUUUCCUGAGAUUGAGCUCAUCCCAAGGGGGUCUCAUGUACAAGUGACAAUCGAUAACGUUGAAUCUUAUCUUGAGAAGGUAAUUGACAUGACACUUGGUCGUGGCGUUAAGCGGCAGGUCGACGCUUUCCGUGCUGGGUUUUCUCAAGUGUUUCCUUAUUCGGCUUUGAGUGCCUUUACACCGGAUGAACUUGUCACACUCUUUGGCCGUGCAGAGGAGGACUGGUCUCUAGAGACCCUGACGGAUUCUAUCAAAGCAGACCAUGGUUUCAACAUGGACAGCAAGAGCGUCAAAAAUUUGCUUCAGACGAUGAGUGAAUUGACACCAACUCAGCGUCGCGACUUUCUACAAUUCACUACUGGCAGCCCGAAGCUCCCCAUUGGAGGUUUCAAGAGCUUGACCCCAAUGUUUACGGUGGUUUGCAAGCCCAGUGAGGCUCCUUACACAUCCGACGACUAUCUACCCAGCGUCAUGACUUGUGUGAACUACUUGAAACUCCCCAACUACACUAGUAUCGAUAUCCUAAAACGGCAGCUAUUCGUGGCUAUCAAGGAAGGCCAAGGGGCUUUCCAUCUAUCUUAGUAUCCUACUGGUAGGAUCGAUUGGCAUGAAUGGGAUGAAGAAAGGGCUCUCUUUUAUUGCAUGCUCGCACGUCUGUGCUUUAGUCGUAAGUAGACCAACAAGUAACUGAUGCGACACCGUAGUCUGCAUUUUGCUAUGGGUCAAUCAAACCAGGUCUCCUGGGAUAUCUAAUCUUACACGAGCUGACGAGAACGAAAAAGAAACGAGAAAGGAUGAGGAUAGGAGUUGUGAAAUGGAUUUCUCUGCAUGAAAGGUUCGUUGGCGGCGUAAGGUUGGGCGGAAAGGGUGCAAAAGGCAUAGGUGUUCAUAUCGGCAGCCUGGGCUUACUCUCCCGACCCCUUUACGAAUUAAACCUGUGACAGCUUCUCAUAACUUACAUAAGGUACAUAGACUGUUUAAGUUGUUACAGUAUGAAAUGAUGUUGCAUUAGUCCAAAUAGAACCUCCCCAUUAAAUAUGGCAUUGACACUCUAAAGUAUUUGGCUUCCCAUAACUAUCCCAUGUGCGAAAUCAAGCGCCAGGGGUUGCUUCCGAGGAAAUAGUAGCGAUUCAAUGCUAGACAUUACUUGCUCGAAUCCACCGAGUUGGCAUGGUGCAUAUCUGCGGCUGCUCCACUAUUCAUUGCUUCUAGAGGCUCGAAA